AUGAUGCGGGGCCAGGUGACUUCGCCGCCCGUCGUCGUCAUGAGAAACUCCCAAGGUUUGAGUUAAUUAAAAAUUCAAGUUACCUUUCGAAAAUAAUGAACAGAUUAUUAUGGAACUUCAGGGACGAGGGUCAGCCAAAACCUCCAAAACCGGCAUUCGUACCAUGCUGGCGUCCACGACAGUGAUUUUGGCCCGAUGGGCCUUCAUUCUUAUGGCGGUUCUGCUGAAUGCGUUUUUGGAGACCCAAAUGCAGCCUACAUGGUUCGUUUCGAUUUUUUUUUUUUGGCUGAACAUUCGCACACGGCGAGAUGGUUUUUUUUCUGCUUGAAGUUGUUCUAUUCUGUUCUGAAAUCCUAACCGGCUGUAGUUCGUGAAAAUCUUAGGAUGAAAAUUUGAAACGGAGAAAUCUUGAAAAAAAAAAAUUAUUUUGAAACCAGCUUUUAAUCGAAAAGGCGCGGAAAGAAUCGCCCCCUAACUGAAAGACAUAUAUAAGAAGAUAUUUUUUUUGAAUUUAGCUCGUCUAAACAACCAAAAAAGGAUUUUAAAUUGAAAAUUAAUCUUCGGCGUUUUAAUUCAAACUAAACAUAUAUACGUUUAUAUUUUGAAAUAAUAAAAGAAAUAAAACAAGAAAACAAAAAAGUUUCGAAAAUUUGUUGGCUAGUUGCGCUCUAUCGCGAUGUCACUUGGAGCAUAGUAGGCAGGAAUGGCGUGUUGCUCCGCCGGCGGCGUUCUUUUGACGACGCCCCUCCCACAAUUUCCGUAAUGUUUGACGUCUUUUGUGCAUACACAGAACGACGCUAACUCGCAUACUCAUUAAAUUCAAAAAUAAUUUUUUUCCUCGAAAAAUAGCGUUUUUUCAAAACUAUAGACGUGGAAAAAAUCGAUCCUUUCACAAUUCCUUUUCUAGUUGACAAAAAAACAUUUGGGUGAAAGUUUUUCUUAUUUUCUGAACACUUUCAUACCUUUCAUCCUCAAAAUUGUGUCCUUUUUUUGAGUGAAAAACGUGGAAUUUUGUGCCGAAAAUGACUUAUUGUGGUUCUAUGUGUUUUUCCCGACUUAUUGAAAAUUUAAAAAAAGUUUUCUUUACAGAUUUAGUUUAGUUCAUCCACCUAGUGGUAUUUUUUCUCCUCUGCAACAUCGCCAUACCAUUCUGAUGUUGCGAAAAAUGAAGAGAUUGAUUGAUUCGAAUAAAAAAAUUUAAUUUGACACUGAAAAUGUUGCUGAAAGGCUUUUUGCUUUAAAAGGAAAUUUGGUCAAAACACAGCAGUUAAUAUUGAAAAAUUGAAAAACAAAAAAAGUUCCUUCGCAUUUUGCUGUCGCAAUUAAAAAAAUAAUUACCGUAAAUCAAUACAAAACAGAUAAAGAUACAGCUGAAAUAAACAUGAAAAAUCACGUGAAGCACUUGAGCAACAAGAAAUUCAAAUGUUCGCGCGCAAGCUGUGUACCGUAAAUCUAGGUGGAGCAACCCUUCCAAGCCGCUCCACAUUUUCAAAAAUUUUACAUUUUCUUCCACCACGCAGAACGCCGUGGCGCGCCAGAACGCAAAUCGUUCCGAAACGCAAAAAAAUUGUUCGAGAACAAAAUGUAGUACUCUUUUGGAGCAAAUUUCAGCGUCAAUGAACACGUUUUUGCGUUUUGGAAAAUGUUCCAUUUCUCCGAUGAACAUGCCAAAAUCUUUUUUUUUGAUACCCUUUUUAGUUUUCAAAGUAUGACUCUCGCGAUGUACUCCCAAUUUAUCUAUAAAAGCUGAUACGGCUCAUUACAUUCAUUAAUAAUUUUUUUUCUUUCACUCUUACCUUUUUGUUGAAAAUUUUCACACUAUCGGGUAACAUAGAGUGUGCAUAUACACACGGAGAUAAUGCUCGACCCUGGUAACAGCUCGAGUUUCACAGUGACAGCUGCCGCUCUUACUGCCAGCGGGCUAAAAUCAGAUGGACAACAGCCUAUUCCAUCUUCCUCGCUUUACACACACGCAUUUGCCUCGAACAUUUUUCUUGUUUCUUUUUUUUAUGAAUGGAAUUUUCUAUACGAGUGUGAAGUGCGUCCAAGCAGCCACUCUCCUCGCGCGGGCUGUAGUUUUUUAGUUAGUGCGAUAUUUUUUUCUUGUAUUGAACAGUGCUAGUGCCGCCGACGUCGCGACAGAAAUCAUUUUGUUCUUGAUCAUAUGUUCUCUUUGUAACUUUCCGGUCACUGUAGAAGGUCGAAAUCUUUUAAAACUUGUGAAAAACUAACCAAAAAGUUUCUUAGAAAAAAACGGAUCUAAAUUAUGUAAAGAAAUGUACUUCAGACACUUUAUAAUUUUUUUUCAUGGAGGAAAAUUUAUUGUUUUUUUUCUUUCAAAUAAACUUUUGACGAUUAAGAUUCGGAGUUUCAUCAGCCAAAUUUUGAUAGGCUUCUCAUAAAUAAAAAGAUGGAGAUAAGAAAGACAAGCUAGAUGCUUUCUCUACACCUAGAUCAAGAUGAUUAUUAGAAGGAUUGGUCCUAAGUUUGUCGCGGCGAUCCUUUGAAGUGGCACAAGCUUCUGCGGGUUUAACGAGGCGAUUCCACCUCCGUUUCUGGUUUUUUCUGCGACUGCCUGACGCUCUCCGCACACUCGCAAGGCACCCCCCGUCCGAACGCUCCUAGCCAUGUCUAUUGUGGGACUCUCUUCCUAUCGAUUUCUGCUUCAUAACCACCGGUUAUAUUUGACCUUUUAUGUCUACUUAAUUUAAAACAUUAAGAAAACCUUCAUCAAUGCUUUUUCCGAUUUUUACUUCUGAUUGUUAUGUCUCUGAAAAAAAAACAUAGUCAAAUCUUCAACCAGUUUUUAUUAUUUUGAUUUUUAAAAAAAAAGUUCUUUUUUUCACUCAUUUGAUCUGUUUAUAUUCUACGUUUGAUGCAACUUUGGAAAUGCCUAAUAAAUAAGCCUAAUUUAAGCCGCGCCUUUUUAAAAAUCAUCUUUAAAAAAAUUAUGAAAUCUUCAUUUAUUCCUUGUGUUUCUAAUCCCGAUUUGCGCUUAUUUAACGACGAAAAAUGAAAAAUAAGUAUAUUUAUUCAAGUUAAAAUUUAUAAAAUGUUGAUGGUAACUUUUAGGCUUUUUUUGUUGCUAUUUUCACUUUUUCAUUCGGGCUUUUCAUUUUUCAACGCUUUUUGAAGGCUUAAAAUCUGUAUGACUUCCAUAGAAACUUUCGUCUAACACAGCAUCAAUAUAACUUGUUUUCAGUACGUAAAAGUACUACGAGAAGAGCCAUGCAAUAACAAACGUCGGUCCGCCGUAUUCCCAAGUUGGUUUCCUUCUUAUUAGCCCAAUGGGAUAUUUUUCAUCAACUGCUUGAUAAUAUUUUGACAAUUUAUUUUUUAACUAAACAACUUUUCAGGGUUAGAAGUGGUUCGUGAAGGGACGGAGAUGUCGGAACAUCAGAAUUUUUUCGAUUCUUCCAGAGGGUCACUUAAUAUAGAUCCUAUGCAACAGGUAUAUUCUAAACAUUGAGAAUGGUGCUAUCGAUUUUCAUGGUUCAAAAAGAGCACCAUUCAGUUUUAAUUAAGCGUAUGUAUGCCUAUAAAAAACAAAUAUACAAAUAAACUAAUUCAGCAGUCAAGCAUUUAUAUUCAGAACUUUUCGAACAUGAAUGCAUUUUUUCAUUUCUUAAUUUGAAAAAAAAAGUAUGUUCAUUUUUGAACAAAUUGUGUAAUUAAAUACAAAUUGUAUGAUAUAAUUACCUAAAUCUCGAGGUUUUUCUUUCAGCUUUCCUAGCAAACAUGAAACAUUUUUGAGUAUUUUAAGAAAAGAAAUUAGAUAAAACUUUAUCCCAAUUUUUUUACAUUUCACGCACAAUUUCUUUUAUCAAGUUAUUUUUAUUCGCCUGAGAGUUUUCUUGUUCCGGUUUACUUUAGUGAUCAUUGAUUACGAUGCUUUUAGACCUUUUUGGUUCUCACGAAACGAGUUUUUUUUUUUUGAAGUUUCUAGUGAUAGAAUCAUAUUUAAGCUUUUUCCUUUGCUUUCUUUUUAUAAUGGGUAGUUUGUUUUUGAUCAAUAUUUCGUUCUCGAAUAGGGACAUGAUGUGCAAUCGGACAGUCCCCGGGGAUCGACAAUUAGCGGCUCCUCCAAAGGAGAUUCGCAACAUCCUCAUCAGCAUCCUCACGUUAUGCCUCAGAACAACGGUUUUUUUUCCGUUUGUUAGAUUAAUAAUUGAUAAUCCUUUCUUCAGGAUUUCCUAUCCACGGACAGGUUCUGGUGGACCCUUCUACGGGACAACAUUACAUCGUGCCGCAAAGCGCCUUUUUCCAGCCAAUGCAGCCUAUGUACUAUCCGCCGCCACAGGCCGCGCCCAUGUUCUAUCCUUAUCCACCUCAGCAACAAGGUACUUCUUCUUCCAAGCCUUUUCUGAAAGUCGCAAAGAAAAGUCCUUUUUCCACAAACCUUUCCUAUGAAUGCUUAGAAAGAAGGUGUUUUCAAAGCACUGGUCAAUUGACGUAUCCACAAAAUUCAGAAGAAAUUUCAGAGGAAAUUUGAAACAAAUCAAAAACAAGUGAGAGAAUAACGAAAAUGUGUAGGUUAUCCCAUGUCGAACGGCUCAAUGAUGGGACAGUACGGCGCCGGGCGAAGUCCGAUGCUUAUGAACCGACAUUUCCCAGUACCUCCUCGAAGUGUUGUUUCUCAGCCGCAGGACGAACGUCGCGAACCUGAGUCAUUCGGUUCGUUAUAAAUUAAUCAAAGGAAUUUUUUUAUCAAAAAAGUCUUGAUUUCGGUUUUCCUUUUUUUUUUGAAUCUAGAGACUUCUGAAGAAUGUUUGGUGAAAUUCGGGAGAUAUCCGAAGUUCUGGUUUCAAGUUUUAUGAAGUCAUCAACUUCAAAAGCUGAUGGAAAAAAAACCGCAAUUAUCCAUUUUAUGACUUUCACUUGGAAUCCUUCUUUUCUUGUCUUUCAACGAAUUUUUCAGACGACCCAGCGCCGCCAUCGCCAUCCUAUCCAACACAUCCGACGCCUCCACUACGCAAUUUCCCCACGCCGCCCUUGUCGACCGCUUCUUUGCCAACUCCCUAUAGGUUUGAAACAGUUCAUUUUCCUUUUUGGAAUGAGUUAUUUCUUGAAGACCUAUUCAAAUGCAGUCUCUCGGAGAGAACAUGCAGCCGGACGAUCCAGAAAGUGGAUUCCGACGCUCCUCGGCGCGGAGUAGUCUGGAAAGAGCUGGACCAGCUGCGGUUCAGGCUCAGGUCAACGACCGGAGGCCGCAGAAAUCGGAAAGAACUCCUUUAUACGGAGGUCCGCCUCCCUGGUGGGCUCAGGAGGCCGUCGAUCCCAUCAGCUCGACAUCCGACGUCGAAAGGUUCCGUCAUAUUUUUUUUUACACGUCGUAUCUGUAAAUUUGUUUGAGUUUUUACAUCUUAGUUUUAUUUUAAUCAAGGUCAUCUAGCCAGCAGGGUUGCACGGAAUUCCGUUACCCGUCUUCCGAAUAAAUUUCUCUUCCUUAACCCGUGUUCUGUCUUUCUUUAAAAAAAAUUUUGUUCCUUAACCCGUGUUCCAUCUUCCUUGAAUCUUAGUUUUGUUCCGUAACCCGUGUUCCGUCUUUCUUGAAAAAAAUUUUUUUGUUUUCCAGCUCCUAAUUUUUUUAAAUUUAAAAAAACAUUUUUUUGAUAGGGAAAUGCACGUUUUUCGGUGUUGUGAGUGACAUGUUGAUGAAGAUGAUUUCGUCUAAAUAUCAACUGUAGACGGGUCAACUAUUCUCUCAACUCCAAUAUCAAAGUAUCUCUGCUUCAAUCGAAAUUCAACAAGUUAGAGAGACUCUUCUCUGUGUCGGGGCUGAUAGUCUGGCUCUUGCGAAAGAGGCUUGAAGCUGCUCGAUACUUUGAAUUACACCAAAGUUAAGUCAAAGGUUACGAAAGUUCAUUGUGAUUUCAAUUGGCUACGAAAUUCAAAUUUCACUGGUUAUUUUUUGUUUGAAAAUUUUCACGUUACUCUUUAAAAAAUUUUCUUUAGUGAAUUGGUUUGGAUAGUUCUGGUUUAAUUCCACAGGGUAUUUCGCUUAUUCACCAUUUUAAAAAAUUCUUUCGUGCAAACCUCUUUUUCUCUCUCUAAAGUUCUUCUGUUCCGUAACCCGUAUUCCGUCUUCCUUAAAAAUUUUUUUGUUCCGUAACCCGUCUUCCUUCUUUCUUUUUUCAAAAUUUUCACUUCCGCGCAACCCUGCUAGCCAGCCGUACUUUUCAAUAGCUCAUCAUCUUUUUAUAAUAUUCAAAAACAUAUUUAUGAAAGUUGAUUUUUCACAUUUUUUCAAGUAUUUGAGAGUGGAUCAUUCAUACAAAGUCUCAAGUUCCUUCGUUUCUUUUUCUUAAUUACCCCUAAAUUACUAUUUUCUCUUGUUCAGUAGUCGCCGAACGUCGCCUCCGAUGAAGGUGACGUCGAAUUCCGACAACGAAGCUGCCCGACCUCCGCCCCGCCCUGCAGUUCCGCCCGCAAGACCUGUGCGCAUGGACUUUGACUUCUCCGCGCCCUCCGUAGAAGAAAAAGUGCAAAAACGUUGGUUUUGAUUGUUUUCUUUUAUUGUCAACGCAUGGCCAAAGUGUUGAUUGAUGUCGGUUGAAUGACUUCGAGUGUAAUGAUGAUAAAAAAAACGGACAGAAAUCAUAUAAGCAGAAUUUUUCUCAUGAGAGAGAGAACGAAUGAAUUUUAUAAAGCUUUUUAUUAGAAGCGAGAAAUGGAGUUUUGAUCAAUGGCUGAGCUUUUUCACUUUAAGAUUGAAUAUAUGAUGAAAAACUAGGCUUUUCGAUUCAAAAAAACAAUUUACUUUUUUUUUGAAGUUUCUCUCUUUCUGACGUUAUUUGUUUGCCUAUAGUGUAAAAUGCUUGAAGAAAGAUAGUACGGCUCAAAAAUAUGGAGACACUUCCCAAAUUUAGGUUUUAAAAAACCUGUCAAAAAAAGUGUAGCGUUUUUUUAAUUUAUAAAUAUGAGAAAAAAAUUUUUGUAGUAUUUUUCUUUCAGAAAAAUGUUUUUGGGAUAUCUUUAGACUUUUGAAAAGGAUAUCAAUGAGACCACAGGAAGAAAAAUCCGAACUACUGGAAUUUUUUUUAAAAUGUGAACUUAUGAGGAGCAAAAUUUGUUGAUAUCGGACUGUUUCCUUGUGUUUGGGAAAAGUACAAUACCACAAAAAAGUACUUCCCACGUAAAUAAAGUUUCUCGGAUUUUUGUUCCCAUCAGGGAUCAGCAUGUUUUUCAACGGCUUUUUCUUCUCACCGUUUGUUUUGUGGCGUUCAGCUGUCCUGAUUGCAUCCAAGUCUGUGCGCAUGGACAUUGACCUGGCCACCGUGGUUCCGCAAGAAAGUCCGCCUGAGAAGUCCAAAGGUCUCUCUGUCUUCACGCGGUCUUCCCUUUCUCUUGUCUUUUUCUCUCCGCUCCAUUAAUCAACAAUGAAAGUUGAUGUUCAGCAAUGCCGCGAGCGCCGGCCACCGCUUUCACUGUGAAUUUUGAUGACCCCGAGGGCGAUGUUUCUUUACAAGACGCUGCUAGAAAAUCAGUUCAAGUUGGUUUUUUUUUUUCCCGUAAUAAGAGCGCUUUAAAGGGUGCAAAGUUAUGAAGUAUAAACAGAAUCAUUAUAUUUGAUUUGGCCUUUGAGCGAGUCUUGAGCUUUGAAUAAGAGAAGAAACGUUGAAAAUUUUUUAGAGGAAAAAUUUCGUAAAAUAUUUGAAAAGAAGCUCAUAAUUUUGGUCCAAGUUUUGUUCGAAUUUAAAAAAAAAAAGGGCUGAAGACCAAGUCAGGAAAACAUCUCAUUUUCAGGCUCGUCGAAUUCUGACUCGUCGCACUGGUAACGUCAAUCCAGAUGCUCCCACGAAAACGACAAAGCCAACUCGAGAGUCUGCUCCUAAUGCACCUGAAUUUCCGGAAAACAAUACCAACAAGAGAUAUUUGCUCCAUAAACUAUUGGGUUUUGUGGACUUUGUGAAACAUUACUUAUUUUUGAAAAUUGAAGGAAAGGAAGACGGUGAGGGGCCAGAGGGUCUAGAUUCGGCAGGAGGCGACGUCGAUCGGAAAGACACCGACAACGUCUCCGAAGCCGGCACAUUCGUUAUCGGUUUCUCGGCUCUUCGAUUUUUUAUUUUCUAGAAUGUUUUCUGCAGACACUUCUACGCGUCAAAGUUGCAUGCCUGCGCACAUGAUGCCUUCGCGGAUCGUUGAGGAUUCUGAUGCCACCGACGACUCGAGCAGCGACUCAGAGUCAGAAUUUAUACUCAGAUACUUGAAUGUGAUGCUGGAAAUGACCAUGAAAUUCAUUUUUAAAUUUAAAGUUGGAUGAAGUUUUGGUAUGAGGAUCGUUACUGUGAUCCUAAUUUUAUUUAAAAUUAUUAAAUUUCCUGUUAUUUCACAGAAGCUCUGUUUUUUUCAGCUCGGAAGUAGCACCUAGCUCAGCUGCUGCCCGAGAAGUAGCGCCUUCGACGCCGAAGUCUGACCAGCGAAGUGGGGAUUUUCUGAAAGAGCUAGCGAAACUCCGACAAAUGGCUGGCCUUCCACCGGGCACUGCUCUCGGCGGAGUUGCGGCAGCUCCUUCGCGAGCGUCCGAGUCGACAAAUAGGACAUCGACGACGCGAGGCCGUGCAGUCGGGGUCCGGCCUUCUGGAGGAGCGACGACGUCGUCGGCUCGGUCGGUUCAGCCGCCUCCGCUUCCGCCACAAACCGCCCCCUCCUCCGCUAACUCUGGUCAUCGGUCACGAGCCAUGCAGCCGUGCCCCGCCGCCGGCACUCCCAAUAACCGCUUGAGGUUUUUCUUCUUUCUGACAAAGCUCUGAGAGAAUAUCAUUGGGUCUAUGAGAGUUCAGCUCAGAAAGAAGAGAUCAGAAAGAUAACAGGAGAAAUCAAAGUAAAUAUAUUUUCUGCUUUCAAAAUUUAGAAAUGAAAAUUCAGAAGUUUAAAUAAAUGGAUGACAAAGAAGAACUUCUUAUUGAACUUCUGCUUGACUCGUUAAGUUUUUCAGCCGAAUUUUCAUAGACCCAGGUCCAUCUCAAUUAUGGGCUAGCACAACUUUUAUUUGUCACUUCUACUCUCUCGGGAGUUUCUUUAGGGGAAAAAACCACUUUAAUUUUCACUCGCACUUCUUGACCUAAAUUUCAUCAAGAAACUGCACCUAACUCUUUGUCGAAGAUUAAUGUACAUGACAGAUCGAAGGGAUGGCGCUGCCAGAGCGAAACGUGCGUAAGACAGCGUUUGAACAUUGCAUGAUUGUUUUGCUUGGUUCAAAUCCAAAGCGAAUAACUUGCGACGUUUGCCUGCCUGUUUUCUUUUUCCAAUACGAGUUCAAUAAUCUUUUUUUUCCUUUCCUUUCCUGCCAUCGGCUUGCCUUCAAAAAGUUUUGCUCUGCGAUCCUUUUAUGAACUUUCUGUUGUUUGUGAGUGUCAUUAAUAGAUAUCGUAUGUCAUUUUAUACGAUUGCAUGAUCCUAAUUCUGUUUUAAUGAAAAAUGGUUGGCCUUUAUAGUCGAGGCGAUGGCGGCCGUCUCUCUUUGCGAUCUUCGGCGGGUCUUCCGGCGGCUCCGAUCCCAGGCAGUCCUCAGCUUUCUGGGAACAAAAGGCCGCCUUUCAGAGCCGGUGGGCCGACUGGUCGUAUAUCGGUUGGUGCUAAACAUGAAUGGCGUUUCAAAUAUAAAACUUUCCUUUUUUUCAACAAAAUCAGGGACCGUUACAAGAAACUGGUAAAAUCGUUCAACAACCUGAAAAUGAUAAAUUGCUCAAACGUGAUCUUUAGGAUUCAAAUUUAGUUAUUUCUUAUACAAAACCUGCUUUUAUUGAGUAGAUUCAUACACAGGGUUAUGAAAAAUUUUCCCAUCGAUGUGUGAUGUCAAGUAUUUUUUAUUUCUUGGCCAAACCUUAACCACUUUUCUUCAUACGGCCUCUGACAGUACUGAAUAGAAAGUUUUAUCAAAAAAAUCAAGAAAAUUUUUUUGAGUUUAAAAACUUUUUUUAAAUUUAUUAUAUUCCAGUUGGGUAAUACACAACAGCAAAAAGAACAUGAGAUGAACGCUUGGCUUCGCCGCAAAGACUACAAUCCGAUGAAAGCGGCCGCCGAGGCGAGAAAGGCCAAGGAACUCAAAGCGAGGUUCGUUUUCAUUUUCUGAGAGAGGAUGAUUUAACACACGUUCUCCUAUAAACGAGAUGAACUUUCAAUACCGAAAAAAGUGUUUAGUGUGGUAAAAUGAACUUUAAUUUAAGCUCUAGUGAUGCCGGAUCUUUCGAUGAUCCCAUUCAACGGUGAGACAUUGUCGUGAUCGUUUUUUCUUUGUGCUGAUUUAGAAUUCAUUCUGAUCAAAUGUAAAAAGAUAAUAUAUGCAGAGAGGAGCAAUUCGCGAGCAACCGGUCCAUGUCCUUCCACGUUGGUCCUGCACCGAAUUUUCUACCUUUGGUGAGUUCUAACGGAAUUCAAUAAAGCUUAAAAAUCAGAACGUUUUAGAACUGGGGUUUGAAUUUUUAGGUGCAACUGAAAAUAUCAUUGAUUAGGAAAUUGCUAAACAUUUUACUAUUUUUUUUUUUUUUGAAUAAAACUUGUGUUUUUUUUUAAUUUUUUAACAUUGCGUUUACAUCCAGAGGCACUUUUCUCAUUUAUUAUUUUUUUCAAGAUGUUAUGGACUACAACGAGAAAAUUAUCUGCACACAGAUUUCGACUUCAGAGAGAUCGCAGUGGGUCAAGACUGUCGCGCAACCGAUCGCAAGAGUCGCUCGCCGAAGACGCAGCGACGCAGGCGAGCCAGCGAUUAAUCGCUGAGUAUUCGCGUGGCGUCGUAUCGGACAUCAGUCGCCUAACACAACAAAGCAAUCGCCCUGGAGCCAAUGUUUGUUCCGUUUUGGUGAUCUGUCAGAUCUCUUUCAAUUUUUCCAGAAGCUCAGCGGCCUUGCUCGUGCCGUCGACAUGCUCUCUCAAAAGUGCAAAAAAAGCAUCGAGCUCAUUCGGUAAGCCUUUUCUCCCAUCUUUUUUAGAAUCCAUUUUUAUUACCUGUUUUUUUUAUCGGCAGUUUCAAAUUCUUUUCGAAAACUUCAAAGUGGUGUUUUCAAUUGAAUAAUUUUUUGAAGAGAAAUAGUUUGUUUGGAAGAGAGAACAAUUUUAUCAAAUUUUUGGAAUAAAGUUCAUUUGAAAGAUUCAAUGCGCAGUUGAAGUUGAGCUAUUUAUAUAUUUUCGAAUUAUUUCCUGAAUUCAAGAAAAAAGCUUUUCUUGAAAAAUGUAAAGCCCUGAAUUUCAAUAUUCCUUUGAAUUUUACCAUCCAUUUUUCAGAUCCCAAAACAAGGGAUGCUUGUCAGUUUCGGUGGAAGACCUUCUGUCAGCGGCGGCGGAGCCCCCGAGAGUGAACGAGUCGCUGAACGAGCAGCUCGAGAGGCUCUCCGACGCGUUCGACGCCGUCCAGCGCUACUUGGAGCAGUACUCGCUCGACGGCCACGACUCGCCUGUCCCGCAGCAGUUCUACGAGGAAGACCUCCAUUCCGCCGUCAGCGCUUUUUCCAACGCGAGGUCAACUUUUUUAACACAGCUUCGUGGACAGUCGAAGAAAAUUCGAAUGAAAAAAAAGCGCUCAAAACCUAUAAACUUGAUGGGUUGACCCAUGAAAUAAUCAUGAAGGAAGAAUAUCGAAGUUCUAUUUAUUCGUCAGGUUUUCACUCAAAAAUUUAUUUUUUGUGGCAAAAGUCUAAGGAUCAAUAUUUUCAAUAGAAAACAUGAAACUUCCUAGAAAACGUAGCGUAUUUUCAGUUUGCGAUCGAGGUCGAACUCCAACGAAGGUCCGCCUUCGCAAUCGUCGUACAGAUCCAAGAUCCUCGCCCAUUCAAAUGCUAAUAAAAAUUAG